AUGCAAGGUGUAGGGUACCUGUCAAGUCACAGGCAAGCAAACGGAAAGUGGCCAAAGUGCGAUAGAGGAAUAAAUAAGGACGAUUCGCAGUUAAUAUUAAAGAUGACUGGUAUAUUUUUGCAGGUUGGUUCAGGUAAGAGUGGUUGAAUAGUUUCGAGUUGAUUUCUGUUGAUAACAUAUUAAUUACUAGCUUGAUUCUUGAACUUUCUAUGUGUUGUUUUAUUCAGGUAUUUGUUCAACAUGUCAUAAGAAGUUAAGAGCAUUAAUGCUAACCAGUCCGCAUAAAGCAGAGAGUGUUAUCGAUCAAAUGGAUGCGUUAAUACUGGUAAGUUCGAAUUAUGUUAUUUGUAUUGCGUGUCGAAUUUUAUACCUGAAACUCUAACUUCAGUUUUCGUGGGAAACCGGGCGGGAAAUGAAUGCUUAAGAGCGGUUGUCUGUAAUAGUCAGGUAAGACGUGUAAAAUGAGAAAAUUCAAAAUCCUUCAAACUUUGUCAGAAUGUAGGCCUAUAUGAAGUAUUAAUGUUGUGAAAGUUUUAUUUCGAUUGGAUAAAUAUUUAAGGAGAGAGACGUCGAAAUUGGUUUUCCCAGGCCACUUUCGGUUUUCAGAGGUCAUUUUACGGCACUACCAAAAUCGCUCUAUUUUGCACGAUAAUGGGAAUAUUUCACAAAAUAUGAUUUUUUUUUAUAAAUUAGAGAUAUUUAUUGAUUAGCAGACGAAAUUUAAAGACAUUUCUGUGAAAAGUGAAUAUUUUACAGAUUUUCUUAAUGUUUUUUUAUUUUCGAACCUCUUUAUUAUAGACCAUAUUAGACAGCGAAUAUCUCCAUUGUUACAUCGAUUCAGACAAAAAAAUUAUAACCAGGUCAAAGAAAUAUGUUUUCGCUUGAUAUUGAUCAAAUAAAAUUUUGGGGCAACUCUGAAUUGAAUUUUUGACGAAUUUUUUCGUUACCUCUAUUUGACCAGAAUAACCGUAUGUUCGUAUAAUCAACGUCAAGUCAUGUAGUUCAAUAAAUAACCAAAGAGAUUGUGAAAAUCGUUUAUUUUUUCAACUAAACAAGCCUAGGCCUAUAAAACUACCUUAGCUAAAGCUGUACGAUUGUUUAAAAGCAUUUAGGUCUAUAAAUCACACUGCCGGUUAACUGUCGCUUAUUAAUAUUGUUCAGGUAUUAAAUGCCUAUAUAUAAUAUAGCCGUCGCCGCUCCAGGUUGGAAUCCGUAGGUGUUACGCUGGAUAUCUCCGGCGUAAAAUGUUAUUGCUAUUUUACGCCAUCGGCGUGUGUGCGGAGCCAAUGAAUGAUCGAUCACCUGAUCAUCGGCGGGGCGUAAAACGCCGUAAAAUUCGUAAACAACGACGAUUGAAGAAUUUUCUGAUAAAAAUAAUAAUACCAAAUUAUUUAUAUCGCCAGUUGGUCAUUAUGUUUGGCAUGAUGUUGAUUUUUUUAAUACUGAUCGACGAUAUGACGAAAUAG